AUGGAUGCCGCUGCAAUUAGAAAUUGCAUCGUCGCGACUCUUGACGCAGACGCCAACGUCCGCAAGAGGGCCGAGUUGCAGCUCAAACAGGCAGAGGAACACAAUGGCUUUCUCGACGCCCUCCUUCAGAUCCUGCAGUCAGAGCAGGAACAGAACAUCCGCCUUUCCACCGUUAUCUACCUCAAGAACCGCGUCAACCGGGCAUGGGCAGGCACAGAUCACUUCCCCAACGAGACCCCGAUACCAGAAGACGAGAAGGCGAGAGUCCGCGACCGUUUACUCCCAAUCCUGGCCUCCUCGCAAGGCCUGAUCCGCCCGCAACUCAUCCCCAUCUUGCAGAGAAUCCUGCACUGGGACUUCCCUGACAAGUGGCCUACUUUUAUGGACUUUACCAUCCAGCUGUUGAACACGAAUGAUGCGCCUUCCGUCCUCGCCGGUCUGCAGUGCCUGCUGGCCAUCUGCCGGGCCUACCGUUUCAAGGCCAGCGAUGGUGACAACAAGGCUCACUUCGACAAGAUCGUCGAGGCCAGCUUCCCUCGCCUGCUGGCCAUCUCGACCGAACUGGUGUCGCAGGAGAGCGAGGAGGCCGGAGAAAUGCUUCACAUUGCUCUCAAAGCAUACAAGCACGCAACAUGGCUCGACCUGGCUGCCUUCCUCCGUGAACAGCAAAACACCAUCGGCUGGUGUACCGUCUUCCUUCAAACCGUUUCUAAAGCCCCUCCUGCCAUCGCUAUGGGAGACGACCCCGUCGAGCGCGAGCGGCAUCACUGGUGGAAGGCAAAGAAAUGGGCAUACUUCAAUCUCAACCGUCUAUACAUCAGGCAUGGAAACCCACAUGCAAUCACCAAGGAUGAUGCGGACCAGAUGGCCUUUGCCAACUUUUUUGCUGCCAACAUUGCGCCUGAGAUCCUCAAGCACUACCUACAGGAGAUCGAGAAGUGGGUUAGCAAGACCUCAUGGUUGAGCAGGCCGUGUUUGUCCUACUCGAUCGUUUUCAUGGAUGAAUGCGUGCGCCCUAAGGAAAUGUGGGCGCAUCUGAGGCCGCACCUGACAAAUCUGGUCACCCACUUUAUCUUCCCUGUACUCUGUCUGUCUCAAGAAGACCUCGAGAAAUUUGAGGACGAGCCCGAGGAGUACCUCCACCGAAAGCUCAACUUCUACGAAGAGGUCUCGGCCCCCGAUGUCUCGGCCACAAACUUCCUCGUGACCCUGACCAAGAACCGCCGGAAGCAAACGUUCGAGCUGCUGUCGUUUGUGAACAGCGUCGUCAGCACCUACGAGACGGCAGAGCCGGACAAGAAGGACCACAUCUCCAAGGAAGGUGCCCUGCGCAUGAUCGGUACCCUCGCUCCUGUCCUCCUGAGCAAGAAAUCGCCGAUUGCGGACCAGGUCGAGUACUUCCUCGUGCGAUACGUUUUCCCCGACUUCACCAGCCCCCAGGGGUAUCUACGCGCGCGGGCCUGCGACACCAUCGAGAAGUUUGAGCAGCUGGACUUCAAGGACCAGAACCACCUGCUCACCAUCUACCGGAACAUUCUAGACUGCAUGGCUGAUCCGGCCUUGCCUGUUCGUGUGACUGCGGCCCUCGCACUGCAGCCUCUGAUCCGACAUGACAUUAUCCGCACGAGCAUGCAGACCUCCAUCCCCACAAUCAUGCAGCAGCUGCUUAAGCUCGCCAACGAGGCUGAUAUUGACGCUCUGGCCAACGUGAUGGAGGACUUCGUCGAGGUAUUUGCCACCGAGCUCACCCCGUUCGCGGUGGCUCUCAGUGAGCAGCUGCGUGACACGUACCUCAGGAUCGUCAACGAGCUGCUCGAGCGGAACAACAACCGGGACGAGGACGACUUCAGCGAUUUCCUGGACGACAAGAGUAUAACAGCGCUCGGUGUCCUGCAGACGAUCGGCACCCUGAUCCUCACCCUCGAGAGCACACCUGAUGUUCUCUUGCACAUCGAAGCGGUUCUCAUGCCUGUCGUCCAGAUCACCCUCGAUCACAAGCUCUAUGAUUUGUAUAACGAGGUGUUUGAGAUCAUUGAUAGCUGCACUUUUGCUGCGAAGUCCAUCUCCCCUACCAUGUGGCAGGCCUUUGAGCUGAUCCACCGCACCUUCAAGGCUGGCGCCGAGCUGUACUUGGAGGACAUGCUGCCCGCGCUCGACAACUUCGUCCAAUUUGGCGUUCCGCAGCUCAUUCAGCACCCUGAAUACGUCCAAGCCCUUUACUCCAUGGUCUCUGAUAUGUUCUCGGACCCGAAGGUGGGCGGUAUUGACCGAAUCUGCGCGUGCAAGCUGUCGGAAGCCAUGAUGCUUAGCCUGCCAGGGCAUAUCGAUAACUGCGUCUCGGGCUUUAUCAGCAUGGCCAUGAACGUUCUCAGCGAGCCCGAGCAGAAGAUGAAGUCGUACAAGAUCCAUCUGAUGGAGAUGGUCAUCAACGCAAUCUACUACAACCCGAUACUGGCGCUCCAGGUGCUCGAAUCCAACGGAUGGACCAACAAGUUCUUCAGCAUGUGGUUCGGCACCAUGGACUCCUUCACACGGGUCCAUGACAAGAAGCUCUGCAUCGUUGCCAUAGUGGCGCUGCUCGGCCUCAGUCCUGACCAGGUUCCCGUGAGCGUCUCGGUCGGCUGGCCGCGACUACUUACGGGAAUCACGUCACUCUUCAAAACACUGCCUACUGCAGUCAAGAACCGUGAAGAUGCCAUGAAGGACGACUACGGCCUCGACGCCAACUAUACCUACGACGAUGAUGAUGAGUGGGGCGAUGAUGAUGCUGCGUGGACCGCAGAGGAGGAACCGGAAGAGGAGCCCACUGAUGCCAAGGACGAGAGCUCCGCCUAUCUGGAAUUCUUAAACGAGGAGGCUCAAAAGUUUGGCCAGGUUGAGGAGGUGCCGGUCUCGGAUGACGAGCUCGGCGAGAACAGCGUGCUCCUCGAGUCUCCCUUGGACAAGCUCGAGCCAUACCAAAUUUUCCGGUCGUGCCUCAUGAGAAUGCAACAAGAACAGCCCCAAUUCUACACCAGCCUUUCGUCUCAUCUCUCUGGGGAGGAGCAGAGCGUGAUCCAGAACGUGGUUCAGCAGGCGGAAGCAAACCAAGUUAUCGCACAACAAGCCGCCCAGCAGCUUGCCGCAGCCGCCCAACAGGCCAACGGCGGCGCUAGUUAG